AUGUAUGGUGCUAAAGGAAAAGGGAGUGUGAAGAAUCAGUACGUUGAUGGAAGUGAUUACGUUAAUGGUGUGAUAAUGGGUGUGAAGAAUCCUUCGAGAUCAUUGACCAGUGGGUAUGGGCUCUGGGGAGACGGUUCGUCGUCUUCAUCUUUCCUCCCGUUUGAUCACUCUGUGAAUCAAGCUUUGAAUGCCAGGAGUGGUGUUUCUGGGCUGUUGAAUGGCUACAAUGAACAAAAUCUUGAGGGGUUAGUUGAACGGGGGUUGUGUGAUGAUCUUUACAGAAUGCAUAUUGGGAAGGGAGCAGGGGAGUAUGGUGGAUGUGGUAAUGGGAGAUUAGGAUCAAAUGAAUCUGGGGUGGGAUUUGAGGAGGCUUGGAUGAAUGGAACAGUGGGGAGUAAUUUGAACUGUAAUAUUGGUAACCUUAAAGGGUCUGAAUCAGUGUCAUUAGCUAGUCAUAAGUAUUCAUUUGAUUCAGUGAGACCAUUUUGUUCAGAUUCUCAGAAGGAGAGAAUGGAUCAUCUCUUGGAGAUGAGUAAAUGGCAGAAGAGACCAAGUUUUGGUGAUGGUGAAGGUUUCUUUUCUCCAGGGCACCAUGGAAAUGGUGAUGGGGGUGCAGGUAAUAAUGUUUUAAGCCAUUUCCAACGCUUCGAGCUGGUAAACCGUGGACUUGGAUUGAACCAUCCUUGUUUCAAGAAUGGGGCUAAUGGUGAUGAAGGUUUCUGGGCAUCACAGUAUCCUGUAAUUGAUGAUGGUGGUGUUGGAGAUAACAAGCUGUUAAGCCCAUUUCUUGGUUCUCAGUUGAUGAAACACAGGCAGGGAUGGAAUUCUGGAUAUGACUGUUCAACUCCAGUUCUUAACCAAAGGCCUAGAGGGUUGCCAAAUGGCAUGGUUGAUCCUCCUCCAUCUUUUUUGCCAAAUUCAAGGGAUUGUGAAACUGUGGGUUCUAAACAAAACUUCAUUUCACUAGAAGAAGCUCUAAAAUGUUAUGCUAAUGAGAAUUUAAACUGUUUAAAGGCUCAGAAAAUGAAUGAGGUGUCAAUGCCAAGAUUCAGAGAGAAAAACCUUAAAACAUACAAUGAAGAAUGCCAACAUGGAGGCUUUUGUGAAGUUGAUUUGAGACAUAGUUCUCAUGGGAUAUCGGUUACUAGUCCCAUACAUUUGCAACCAGUCCAUAAUUCAUUGGGGAGUGUUCAAGACUAUAUAUGUAAAAUAGCAAAGGAUCAGCUUGGGUGUAGGGCUUUACAGAGGGCAUUUGAUCAAGGAACCCUUCAAGAUGUGCAGUUAAUAUUCGAUGGAAUCAUUGAUCAAAUCGGGGAAUUUAUGGUGGAUCAAUUCGGGAACUACCUAGUGCAGAAGUUAUUGAAUUUCUGCAACGAUGAGCAGAGGAUGCAAAUCGUGCUCAGGGUGACUAGAGAGCCAGGCCAGCUAGUGAGAAUUUCAUUGGACUCACAUGGGACUCGUGCUGUGCAGAAGCUAAUAGAGACAAUGAAAACAAGGCAGGAAAUUUCAUUAGUUAUACAGGCCCUUGAACCCGGUUUUCUUGAUCUCGCUACUGAUCUUAACGGGAAUCAUGUCCUGCAGCGUUUCUUGCAAUCUCUUAGCAAGGAACAUAAUAAGUUUAUUAUGAACGCUGCUGCAAAAUACUGCUUUGAGAUUGCUACUCACCGGUAUGGAUGCUGUGUGCUAAACAAAUGUAUCAGUUAUGCAAGUGGAAAACAUCGCGAGAAGUUGCUGGCAUGCACUUCAUUUCACGCUCUUAUCCUUGCUCAAGAUGCUUUUGGAAAUUACGUGAUCCAAUAUAUCAUAGAGCUCAAGAACCACUCCAUUGCUUCCGUGCUGCUUUCCCAGUUUGAAGGGCACUUUGUACACCUCUCGAAGCAAAAGUUUAGCAGCCAUGUCGUCGAGAAGUGCUUGAAAUUUAUAGAAGAAAGCCGGGCAAUAAUCAUUCACGAAUUGAUCUCAGUGCCUCAAUUUGAACAGCUGCUUCAAGACCCUUUCGCCAACUAUGUCAUUCAAUCUGCCCUCGGAGUCGCCAAGGGACCACUCCGCGCUUUGCUAGUUGAUGCAGUGAGGCCUCACAUGGCUCUUUUGCGAAGCAAUCCAUUCUGCAAGAAGAUUUUGUCUCAAAGCAUCUUGAAAAAGAAAUGA